UUUUUUGAUUUUUUUAUAAUUUUAUUUCGAAAUACUGAUAUCAUCAUUAUAAGCCACUGAUCAAGAUAUUAGUAAUGAUGAAUCCGCAGAUGAAUCUUACAAGUAUAUGUAUACCCUCAAAAUUUCUUUUUAAAAAUACUUCUUUCUCUAAAAAUUCUUUUUUAUCAACUUUACAAAUUUAUUUUCCAAAAUGCGAAUGUCAUUAAAUUGUCUACUUCUAGGCGAAAAUUCUGACAAAUCUUUCUUGGUUGAUAUUGGCAAAGAAAUUAUUGUUAUCAACGGUCGAAACCAUACUAAAAUUAGAGAUAUUAAAAUUUCACAUAUCAAGUAUCUUGUCUUUUGUCAAAUGAAUGAUGAAAAUAUUAAACCUAACGCUCUAGUACUUUGGAAAGUUGAUGUAAAAUGGCUGAAAAUAGUAAAAAUAGUCUUAAAAUAUUUUCUUCCGAAAAUGGCAUUAAAACAUAUCUUGGAGGCGAGCGUAUGGAAACCUCGAUACUUACUUACCAAAUAUUUUACUAAGAAAAAAUUUGAAGAAAAUAAAAUCAUUAGGGAGGCAAUUCACAUCAUUGUACAAAUUCUCGAAGCUGCUGAUUCAGUAUCCGUUGACAGAGAACAAAAGCGACUAAAAGUUGUUUCGUUUAAGAUGGUGCUUGAAGAAUUUGACAAGAAUAUCCUUGUUAACAAAUCACAAAAACUUUAUCCUGGUUUCACAGUAAAUAUCGUUGGACAUUUCUCCAAAGAUAAAAUGCCAAUUAGUUGUUUAAACUAUGUGGACAUGCGUCUAGAUGCCACUGAAAGCGGCAAGGAAAAUUGAUAAAUAAUUACAAAAGUUUCUAUUUGCUUUAUUCCGUUUCUGGUGCUGGCAAAACUAGAACAACGACAUGAUUGCUAUGAGUAUAUGGAAUGUAAGCCGCCAGAUACGACUAAAAUAGAUCCAACAAAGGAUCGUAAUUUUGCGAGCCUUGACUCAUCAGGAAUCAGCC